GUUCACACCAGCGUCACAUACAUAAGUUCUCCGAGUCCGUUUAUUCACGCACUACGGUUCAAACGUUCACGUUUCGUUUGCUUGUGUCGCACAACUUAAUACUACACAAAGUCCUAGUCAUUGACGUCAUCGUACUACGGUUCGCCUCACUAAAAUGUCCCGUCCUGUCCAGCGUGCUUUUUCCAUCCUCCGUUCCGGAAUGAGAGCGAACCACAGCGUACGCUCAUCGUUUACGACGUCUAGCAGACGUACGAUGGCUUCGGCCGUCCCGCAUGCAUCUCAUGGAAACUACGGGAGUGAUACGCCAUGGAUGAUUGGCUCGGCUUUGAUAUUUGGUCCCGUGGUUCUCUAUCUCUUGUCGCCAUCUGCGCGCAAGACUAGUCAUGCCCAUGAGUCGGAGCACGGUCACAACGCACACCGGAGUGACGCCAGUCAUCAUGUCGAGCCGCAAUCCCCUGCAAUGACAGAUGAUGAAGGUACCGAGGUGUCGGGUGAGGAAAUUAAGCAGUCGAUGGAGCAGGCAUUCGACACGGAUUCUCCUAAGGACGCUCAGGAGCACGAGGAAGCUGUCGCUAAAAGUGAAGAGACGUCUGUAGCAUCGAGCGAAACUGUUUCCCAGGAGAGUGCAGAUGCUGCUCCCUCAGAGGUUGAUUCAGCACCGUCCGAAGAGGAGAAACAAGAGGUCGCACCAGAAGUUGAAGUUGCUCAGCCUCAGUCUCUACAAAAUACCAUUGCAAGCGAGGCUGCUGAAGAGAAGCAUUGAGCGAUGAGCUCAUAAAAUCUAUCAUAGAGCUGUCUACUUAUUUAGUAUUUACUUCGUAAGUAGAAGUUGUGUGUCACAAUGCACCCGAAAGUCAUUAGUUACAGAAUCUUUGCCCGCCCAGACUCAAUUUCCAGAGUCUAGACCUGUCAAAUCAUCAUAGGUACACGUCAAAAAGAGCAAGAAAAAAACUCGAAACGUGUAUGAGUUAGCGAGUGAAUAUUACUUGAAUACAUUCAUUGACCUCGAGACUUUUUGUAUGUCCACUAUUGAUAGCCUAGAAUAUAGAAUAGCACUAUGGCACUCGAAGUGUGCGGAUUUCAGCUACCUAUCACUACAGUGACUACGUAGCACUGAAUGUUUUAACAUAUCUGCAAAUGAUUGAUCGUGCUUAGUCUUGUUCAUGGUCCACUAGGCUUGGGUAGGUGGUAGUAGCUGUAAGGUAGAAAGGUAUUUGGGGCAACAUUUAACGC